AUCAUUUGGAAUUUUGAGUGUGAUUGCAGAAACAGUGGUAAAGGAGUUAGCCAUGGAAGCUCUCAGAGCUCCCUCGUUUCCUUCAUUUCAUUUGUCAGUGCUCCCAACUAGAUUUCAUACCAGGUCAUAUGACAAACCCUUGUUGCAUCUUCCCUUUAAUCCACUACUCAAUUCUUCUUUUUCAUCAAUUUGUGGAAACUUUUCAAAAUCAAAGCCUUGCACAGCCAGAUCUUCCGCUAGUUCAAGUGAAGCCAUGGACUUGCCUAGACCAUCUCACCAUGGAGAAGAGAAGUUUGACUGGUUUUCACAGUGGUAUCCAGUUGCUCCAGUCUGUGAUCUUGACAAGAGAAAGCCGCAUUCCAAGAGGGUGAUUGGUCUUGAUGUAGUUGUGUGGUGGGAUAGAAAUGAAAGUGAAUGGAAAGUGUUUGAUGAUGCUUGUGCUCAUAGGUUGGCUCCAUUGUCUGAAGGGAGGAUUGAUCAGUGGGGCCGGUUGCAGUGUGUGUACCAUGGCUGGUGUUUUAAUGGCUCUGGUGACUGCAAAUUCAUUCCUCAGGCACCCCCAGAUGGUCCUCCGGUUCACACAUUCAAGAAAGCACGUGCAACUGUUUAUCCAAGUGCUGUACAGCAUGGAAUUGUCUGGUUUUGGCCAAACACCGAUCCUCAAUUCAAAGAUAUUUUUACGAAGAAAAGGCCUCCUUACAUCCCAGAAUUGGAUGACCUAUCAUAUACCAAGUCGAUGGGAGCUAGAGAUUUUCCAUUCGGGUAUGAGAUUCUGAUGGAAAAUGUCAUGGACCCUGCUCAUGUUGCAUAUGCACAUUACGGGAUAAUGCAAAUUCCACAGGCAAAAGACAGACCCAAGGCAGAUAGAGAAGGGGGGACACCAAUUGAGAUCAGUGUGAAGAGAUCAGCCAUAGAUGGUUUUGAUGCAGAGAGGGAGCUUGCCAGGAGCAAAUUUAUUCCACCCUGUUUGUACUAUACCUGUUUGGAUUUUCCGGCAUAUCAAAGUAAUGAAUCUGUGUCAUCAGGCCUUACCAAAGAGGAACCAUCGUCUCACAUGUCUCCAAAAAGAGCACUUUUGAUUCUUAUCUGUGUUCCAGUAAGUCCAGGAAAUAGCAGAUUGAUAUGGACUUUUCCAAGAAACUUUGGAUUGUGGACCGAUCAUAUCAUUCCACGAUGGAUGCUUCAUAUGAGUCAAAACCUUAUUCUAGAUUCAGAUUUAUAUCUUCUCCAUUUAGAGGAGCGUAAGAUUAUGAAGGCUGGCCCUUCCAACUGGCACAAGGCUUGUUUUGUGCCAACAAAGUCGGAUGCCCACAUCGUUGCCUUCAGAGCAUGGUUGAGGAAGUACUCAGGUGGCCAACUUGAUUGGGGAACCAAUUUCAGCAGUGCCCUGCCCCCAACUCCUCCUAGAGAACAGUUAAUGGACAGGUACUGGUCUCAUGUGGUGAACUGCAGCAGCUGUAGUGUUGCAUAUAAAGGUCUCCAGGUGCUUGAGGUGGUGUUGCAGAUCUUCUCAAUUGCUCUAAUCGGGAUUCCUGUGAUCAACCAUGGUGUGAUGUCAGUGGCUGCAAGGAUUACAGCAGUAUCCAUGGCGAUUCUAUGUUUUGCAGCUUCAAGGUGGUUGUCUUACUUCAUCUACAAAACCUUCCAUUUCCAUGACUACACACAUGCCUUCUGCUGAGACCAGUGUUUCACUUGGUAUUCAGAAAUUUGAACAUCCCAGUGCCCUCUAUAUAUUAUGUAUGAUACACAACAUUCAACAUUUGCCUAAAAUAUUGUAUGCAUGGCUUAUAAGCUGUUGAGUUGGUUUGUGUGUUUUUCAUUUUUUUCCAUCAAAAAUUCCAAAUUAAUUGAGUUA